AUGGCCGUUUCUGGCUUCAGAGCCAGCCAACUUACCGCCCUCCCUCAGGCCUCCAUCGUCAAGGCCAGCCUGCUGCCAGGAAAGAUCAUCCGCGGAGAGGUUGCCAUCCAUUGCCUCUCCCGGGGCCUCCUCCCCUCGGACCGGCUCGUCUCCAUGAGAGCCUUCUCCGAGAUCCCUCGGAGGAAUGCCUACUUCUUGAACACCGUUCUCAGCUACCGCUGCCAAAGCGGUGACAUUCGUUCUGCACGUAAGCUGUUAGAGGAAACACCAGAGAGAAAUGCCAUCUCAUGGAACAUGGUGAUCAGCGCUCUGGUGCGAAAUGGGUCGCUGGGAGAGGCCUUGGACCUCUACUGCGCGAUGAGAAGAGAAGGGUUCCUGCCUACCCAGUUCACCUUCGCCAGCGUUUUGAGUUCCUGUGGAGGCCUGGGGAGCAUGGAGCUUGGCGAGGGAUGCCAUGGGCUCGCCAUCAAGGUUGAUUUGAGUGUCGACACCUAUGUGGGGAACGCUCUGGCGGGGAUGUACGUCAAGUGCAAGGACCCUUCUGCGGCCGCCAAGGUGUUCGAGGGAAUUACCCUGCCGAAUAUUGUCUCCUUCACGGUUCUGAUGGGUGCUCUGGAGCAGGAUGGUUGUGCUACGGAAGCCAUGAGGCUAUUGCCGAAGAUGGCAAAUAUGGGGAUCCAGGUAGAUGCCGUCGCUGUCUCUAGUGCUCUGGUCGCCUGCACGAGGAGUGGUGAAGAUGGAGAAGUGGUGAGCUCCGGCAGGAUCACGAGGGCCUCGGGGUAUACAUUUGGUCGGCAGCUUCAUGCCCUCGUGAUAAAACUAGGGUAUGGAUCGAACGUUCGCGUGGGAAACUCUCUGAUUGACAUGUACGCAAAAUACGAUUACAUCGACGAAGCACUGGAAAUCUUCAGGGCCCUGCCAGAAGCCGACGUAGUUUCUUUCAACGUUCUAAUCGCCAUAUACAUGAGAAUUGGAGAUCCUACAACUGCCCGCCGCCUGUUUGAUGAAAUGGGGAAUCCAAGCCUGGCUUCAUGGAACACGGUGAUUUCUGGGUACUCCCGGCAUGAGCUCUACGACGAAGCGAUCGACCUGUUCCGAACGAUGCAGCAGUCGAAUGUCCGACCAAACCGCGCGACCUUCGCCGUAAUCCUCAGCUCUUGCUCCGGGAAGCGUCUUCUACAUCUCGGCCAGCAAGUUCACGCCGCCUCGACACGGAUGACGCUUCACCUGGACUUGUUCCUGGCCAGCGGGCUCGUCGACCUCUACUCCAAGUGUGGGCGGCUCGACACCGCGAGACGGGUCUUCGAUAGAAUGAUGGAAAGGGACAUCGUCAGUUGGAACUCGAUGAUCUCGGGUCUCUCCCUCUCCUCUCGGAGUGGAGAGGCCGUCGAGUUCUUCAAGCAGAUGAGAGAGAAAGGGAUCGUCCCUACGGAGUAUUCUUACGCGACCAUUAUCAGCGCCUGCGCCAGGCUGCCCUCGUUAUCUUGGGGGAGGCAGAUGCACGCUCAGGUGGCGAAGAACGGACUGGCAGGCGACGUGUUCGUGGGGAGCGCGCUGAUCGGCAUGUACGCCAAGUGCGGCAUCGUAGAGGAGGCGCGGCUACUGUUCGAUCACAUGCCCGUCAGGAACAUCGUCUCCUGGAACGAGAUGAUUCUCGGGUACGCCAGAAACAGCGAUGGUGGCUCAGCCUUGGAGCUCUUCCGCAGCCUCCUGGGAACAAAGGAGAACCCGAACGGCGUCACGUUCCUCGCUCUUCUCACAGCCUGCAGCCACUCGGGGUUGGUCGACGAGGGCCUCGGCAUCCUCCACUCCAUGGAGAGGGAGCACGGCGUAGAGCCGCUUCCCGAUCACUACGCCUGCGUCGCGGACGCCUUGGGCCGUGCUGGCCGCCUCGAGGACACUAGGUCUCUGUUAGUUGCGAUGCCUUGCGAGGAGGAUCCCGUCGUGUGGGAGGCCUUUCUCAGCGCUUGCAGAGUUCAUGGCGACGCCGAGUUGGGGAGUCUGGCUGCGGAGAGGCUUAUCCGCCGCGACCGGCGCAGCCCAGCGGCGUAUGUGCUGCUCUCCGGCAUCUACGCUUCGGUAGGGAGAUGGGACAGAGCGUCUGCCGUCAGAGGGUUGAUGAACGAGCGGGGCGUCGGGAAAGACCGUGGCUGCAGCUGGACGGAGGGCAGAAACGGAUAA